ACCAAAUCGCUGGGAUUGUAAAAAAAAAAUAUAUAAUUUUUUUAAUUUUUUAACUCUGCUCCCCCUUUUCUUUCAGUCUUUCCCUCAUUUGAUUUCUGUGAGACGAAGCAGCAGCACAGCUUUACAAACCAACGAAGCAACCAGCAAGGCAAGGAAUCUAUCCCCUUGUCUCAGACAAACAGCACAACUAAGAGAGAGAGAGAGAGAGAGAGAGAGAGAGAGAGAGAGAGAGAGAGAGAGAGAGAGAGAGAGAGAGAGCGCAAGACAACGCAGGAGAUUUAAAGGGCUGCUGUUGCUGCAGCUGUGAAAGGUUCCUGCUCUCCUAUUCUGCUGAUACCCCAGGUGUUCUUCUACCCUACCCUCUGAUACCCUAGGUGUUCUGCUACCCUACCCUCUGAUACCCUCUGAUACCCUCUGCCUGCUGUGACUGUCCCUGUCACCUCAUUCCCUGGGAGAGAGAAAGGAAGAAGGACAGAGAGAGAAAGAGAGAGUCACAACACUGAAGAUUUAAAGAGCUGCUGGUGUAGAAGACGAGAUACUGUCCUCUCCUGUCCUCUCCUGUCCUCCUGUUCUGCUGCCUGCCUAGAGGCUGAAGCUGAGAGUCUGAGGGCCAUGGUGAAGAUGCCUGUACCUGGAGCCCUGCUACCCUGCCUCUGCACCCUGCUCUGCCUGAACCUGCUGCUCCUCCCUGGGACGGUCGAAUCGGUGGUACCCCUGGAAGACUUCUACCCUUUCGGCCAGGACUGGGGGGACUCCCAAACCAUCUCCCAGGAUGAUGGCGGCUCGGGGCUGCUGGAGAUCUCUGUAGCUUUUCCCUUCUUCGGUGACAGACACUCUGGACUCUACGUGAACAACAAUGGCCUGGUCUCGUUCCUCAGAGAGGUGUCUCAAUUCACACCUGUGGCGUUUCCCAUCGCCGGAGACCGUAGGGUUGUGGCGCCGUUCUGGGCUGAUGUGGACAACAGGCGGGCGGGGCAGGUCUUUUACAGAGAGAGUAAAGACCCGUCUGUCCUUCUGAGGGCCACAGCUGACGUCAGACGACACUUCUCUGAGUUCCCAGAGUUCAGUGCGACGUGGAUCCUCAUCUCAACGUGGCACAAAGUCACCUUCUUCGGAGGAAGUGACAUCACACCGGUGAACACGUUCCAAGUGGUACUGAUCACCAACGGAGAGGUGUCCUUCACCAUCUUCCAGUAUCAUGACAUCACCUGGACUACAGGCAUGCAUGCCAGCAGUGGAGGAGACCUGGCAGGGCUAGGCGGCAUCGCUGCACAGGCAGGUUUUAACGCCGGCGACGGGAAACGUUACUUCAACAUCCCGGGGUCUCGUACUGAUGAUGUCGUGGAUGUGGAGGGAACCACCAAUGUGGGUUACCCCGGGAGAUGGGUGUUCCGUAUUGACAACGCCCAGGUGGAGGUGGGCGGAUGCAACGACUCUGCGUCUGUGUGCCCACACCUUCGACCCUGUCUGAACGGAGGUCGCUGUAUAGACGACUGCAUCACCGGAAACCCUUCCUUCACCUGCUCCUGUCUGGCUGGCUUCACCGGACCACGGUGCCAGAUAGAUGUAGAGGAGUGUUCGUCCUACCCCUGUCAGAACGGAGGUACCUGUUCAGACCAGGUUAACGGGUUCACCUGCCAGUGUCCACCUGGGUUUACAGGGACACUCUGCCAAACAGAUGUAGAGGAGUGUUCGUCCUACCCCUGUCAGAACGGAGGUACCUGUUCAGACCAGGUUAACAUGUUCACCUGCCAGUGUCCACCUGGGUUUACAGGGACAGUCUGCCAAACAGAUGUAGAGGAGUGUUCGUCCUACCCCUGUCAGAACGGAGGUACCUGUUCAGACCAGGUUAACGGGUUCACCUGCCAGUGUCCACCUGGGUUUACAGGGACAGUCUGCCAAACAGACAUUGACGAGUGUAAAGACGGAGCCUGCCUCAACGGUGCGCUGUGCGUACAAGGUGUCGACAACUUCACCUGUGUGUGUGAGAGGGGCUACACUGGGGCUCUGUGUGAGACAGACAUGGAUCAGUGUGUUUCCCAACCUUGUCUGAACGGAGGGGAGUGUAAAGAACAGGUGUAUGGUUAUAACUGCUCCUGUCCUGCCGCCUUCACCGGAACACACUGUGAGACAGAGUUGGUGGUGGUCCAUGUGAAUUCAUCGUCUACUCCUCAGCCUGAAAAUCAAACAGUGUCCUGUGAGGGGGAAGGCUGUGAGAAACACCAGAUCUGUGAACACACCGGCCCUGGGAGUUACAACUGCACAUGUACACAAGGAUUCUAUGGUGACAACUGUGAAGAGGAGUGUCUGUGCCAGAAUGGUGGCGUCUGUGUGGAAGUGAAUGGGACCUGUGACUGCCCCUCAGGCUUCACCGGACUCUACUGUCAGUUCGAGGUGACCCAGACCCCAUGCAGCAACAGCAGGCCGUGUCCUGACGGAGGACCCUGUCUGGAGUACGGAGGAACCUACCUGUGUACCUGUCAGACAGGUGUGGCAGACUUAGAUCACAGGGACUUCUAUCCUCCCUAUGUACAGCCUCGAUCGGUCUGUGAUUCGUCUCCGUGUCUGAACGGAGGUCACUGCUAUGAGAGAGAUGGAGGCUACACCUGCGAGUGCAAGCAUGGAUACAGAGGGAAGCACUGUGAGAAAGUCAGACUCAAUACCUGUGCCUCUGGCCUGUGCCGUAAUGGAGGCUCCUGUAAAGAGGAGGCAGGGAGUUACCUGUGUGUCUGUCCAUACAGGUUCACUGGAAAACACUGUGAAGUGGGGAGACCAGACCCGUGCUCUUCCAGCCCCUGUCUGAAUGGAGGAACAUGUUUCCACUACAUCGGGAAGUACAAGUGUGAAUGUUCCGGAGAUUUCAGCGGGAGACACUGUGACAUCAUCAGGGGGUCACCACACGCCACAGCAGACCUGGACUGUGGUCCCCCCUUGCAGGUGAAGCACGCAGAGCUCCAGUUCUCCUCUACGUCGCCAGGCUCCAUGGCUCUGUACGUCUGCCACCCAGGAUUCACCCCCAUGCCCAGGGCCACCCAGAGCAUCUGUGGGGUUCAGGGGGCCUGGAGCCAACCCCCUGUCUGCCAGGAGAUCAACGAGUGUUUGUCCCAGCCUUGUCUGAAUGGAGGGACAUGUAGGGACAGGGUGGCGACCUACCAGUGUGCAUGUGACCAAGGCUUCAGUGGAAACCACUGCCAGACAGAUGUGGAUGAGUGUCUGUCGGAGCCCUGUAAGCACGGAGGAACAUGUGAAGAUCAGGCUGGAUCCUACUACUGCCACUGCCAACAGGGUUUCACGGGACCAGACUGUGAAAUAGAGCAGGACAGGUGUGAGUCCAGCCCCUGUCUGAACGGCGGUGUGUGUCGUGGCUACAGGUGGAACCACCUGUGCAUCUGUAAUGAAGGGUUCUUUGGGGACCGUUGCCAGUCGUUGGAGAAUCCCUGUGUACUGCAACCUUGUGGGAACAGAGGUCUCUGCCACAGUAUCAGAAGAGAGAACUACAGCUGUACUUGUCGAGUGGGACACACAGGAAAGGACUGUGAGAGAGACCUGUUGCCUCCCUCUGGUCUGCAUGUAUUACGGGUAGAGGAGGAGGAGGUGGAGUUACGCUGGGACCUGCCGGACCCUUCCUCUCAGAACCUGUUCAGUGGCUUCGCUGUGACCUACGCCCCACUGGGUCUCCCGGGCCGUGGCAGCGGGACCAGGAAGACUGACUUCCUGGAUAAGAGGCAGUCCACCUAUCAGCUGCAGGGUCUGGUGCCUGGCCUGCUGUACAACAUCUCUACCUUCUCUGUGAAACGAAACGCCAACAGCAACGAUAUCAGCCAGCCAGCCAUCGCGCUCAUUCGCACCCGGCCGCGGCGGGUGGAUCAGCUGCAGAUUGUCAACGUGUCUUCCUCCCAGGUUUGGCUGCGGUGGCUGGUGCAGGCUGCUCAUCACGCAGCUGUCAGCCAAGUGCGUCUCUCCCUGAUCCCCUCAGACGGCAGCGGAGCUCGCACCGCCCUGGUCAAUGCCAGCACCACGGAGUACGCAUUCAGUUCUCUGCUCCCUGGUCAGAUGUACACGGUGGACGUUCUAAGUCAGAGUGGGAUCGGACCGGACGAGUCACCGUCCACAAGUCACUCUGCUGGACCGCUGCAAGUCUGGACCCGGCCCCUCCCCCCUCAGAACCUGUCUUUGGCACAUGUGACCUCCAACUCUGCCCUGGUGACGUGGGUCCACCGUCCCAGGAACCUGCCCGACGGCUUCGUGGUUAACGUGACGCGAGGCUUGAGCACCCGGAGUCGCUUCCUACCCAAUGGGAAGUUAGAGACGUAUACCCUGAGAGAGCUUUCUCCGGGACAACACUACCACCUAGCUCUCAUGGCUGUUAGGAACACAGGACAGGAACAGAUCCACAGUGUACCACAACACCUGGCCUUCACCACACUGCCGAUGGAGGAGCGAUGGGGAGGGAGGACGAGGGAGAGACCGUCUGUCGUGGGCCAGGGAACCCCUGUGAGUCACACACUAGCCCCGUCUGAACCUCAGGACCUGGGGGUGGCUGGAGAGAGAGAGCACUCUGAAGAGAUGCCCAGAUACACAGAGCUGAUUGAUGGUAGAGGGAAGAUAACAGCUAAGUUCUCCAAACUGCCCAGAAAGGCCAUCAGACACCGCACUAAACCCGAGCCUCCCGUUCAGCUAGAGAGGAUGGAGGAGACAACCAAUAAGAUCAGCCUUGCACUAGAGAUCCAGAGGAAGGAGGAAGAGGAGGAGUCCAGGAGAAAACCUGAGUCGUCCCAGGACUGCCGGAGUCUGCCCUGCCUGAACGGGGGUACGUGUGCGAAGGGCGGCGACUCCUACAUAUGCGACUGCGUAGCCGGGUUCAAGGGCAGGCAGUGCGAUCUGUUCUGCCAGCGAGUGCCCCACCCGUGUACCCGCCUUUACUCUGAAACAAAGAGCGUGCCCGUCUGGGUGGGUGAAGUCUGCCAUUACCUGUAUAAAAGGACAUAUAAAGUGCAGCAGGAUAUUUGCUAUCGAGAGAUCUGUGAACCACCACUGCUUCCAAAGAAAAGCCCCAACAGAAGAACUAACAGACAACAUUAAUGAAAGCUAAUCUUGGAUGACCCAUGUUGCCCAGAGAUUGGCCAGUUGGAUGACCCAUGUUGGAUGACCCAUGUUGCCCAGAGAUUGACCUGUUGGAUGACCCAUGUUGCCCAGAGAUUGGCCUGUUGGAUGACCCAUGUUUCCCAGAGAUUGGCCUGUUGGAUGAACCAUGUUGCCCAGAGAUUGGCCUAUUGUAUGACCCAUGUUACCCAGAGAUUGGCCAGUUGGAUGACCCAUGUUGCCCAGAGAUUGGCCUGUUGGAUGACCCAUGUUGCCCAGAUAUUGGCCUAUUGUAUGACCCAUGUUUCCCAGAGAUUGGCCAGUUGGAUGACCCAUGUUGCCCAGAGAUUGACCUGUUGGAAGAUCCAUGUUGACCCAUGUUGCCCAGAGAUUGGCCUAUUGGAUGACCCAUGUUGCCCAGAGAUUGGCCUGUAGGAUCAAUCAAUCAAUCACAUGUAUUUAUAAAGCCCUUUUUACAUCAGCUGAUGUCACAAAGUGCUGUACAGAAAAUCCCAAACAGCAAGCAAAUCAGGUGUAGAAGCACGGUGGCUAGGAAAAACUCCCUAAAAAGGCCAGAACCUAGAGAGGAACCAGGCUAUGAGGGGUGACCCAUGUUGCCCAGAGAUUGGCCUGUUGGAUGACCCAUGUUGGAUGACCCAUGUUGCCCAGAGAUUGGCCUGUUGGAUGACCCAUGUUGGAUGACCCAUGUUGCCCAGAGAUUGGCCUGUUGGAUGACCCAUGUUGCCCAGAGAUUGGCCUUAUGGAUGACCCAUGUUGACCAGAGAUUGGCCUGUUGGAUGACCCAUGUUGACCAGAGGUUGGCCUGUUGUAUCCGCAGCUUGAAUGAGGAUUUGGAGGAAGCUAACAAGUAGAACAUGAUUGACCCCCAACAACCAUCAAUGAGAUUUGGCCCCAGAAUCAUCAAUCAAUUUCUAACUAUUCUAUGUCAUAUUUUUUUACAGAAUUUUCACUCAUGAUGGAUGAGAAAUGUACCAUAAACAGUCCACACCUGUGUAAAAAUCAAAACAUUAUACAUACCUCAUGUCUCACAUGUUGGCAGUUUAGUCCCUCUGCUCAGGGAAAUGUGUAUAUUGUCUGUUUCAUCGCAAGCAACCCUAUUUAAAAUCUGUAUCGAUUGAUUUAACAACAAAUUUAACUGUUUUACCUCUUAGCCAAAAAACAUGUUCAGCAAUCAGUACUGGAAAAUAAAUGUCUGUUUUUAUGUCUUUCAACUCUAAACCAACAUCACUGCUAGCUAUCAUGUAAAUAGUGUUUAUAGGCUGUUUUGUAGGUGAAUAUUUUAAUAAUUAAAAUGUUAAAAUGUUA